AUGGAAAAUAACAAUGAAGAGGAUAUGCAUGUGAGUACUCAAUUAAAAGGACAACUUGAAAAAGAAACCGAAAUCAAUGAAAAAGAAAAAGAUGCAAAUUUGAGUUUGAACGUGUGUGAAGAACAAAAUAAAAAUGAUAUAGAAUCACAGGUUUUAAAAAGUAAGGAAAUGUCUCCAUUAACCAAUAUAAAAGAAAGUGCAAAUCUUUUUGCCGAGCAUAUAGCAAAAGAAGCGAAAAUAAAAGCAACAGAAAUUAUUUCUAAAAAUGAUAGAGUUCAACAAGAAUAUAGUGGGAUUGGAUUAAAUACUAACCAACAGAAUUCUUAUGAAAAUUGUAUACAUAUUAAUAAGGAUUAUGACUACUUAAAUAAUUCUGAAGACAAUAAUGAAAAUGAAGAAAUUUUAACUGAAAAUCAUCCAAAAAAGAAAAUUUUAAUUGGAGCCAAAGCUGUGAUACCAACUGGUGAUAAAGAACUAUUAGAAAAGUUGAAACAAAGAAAAAUUUAA